UAAUUAAGCACCCUAUCAGCCUAUCUAAAUUCUAGAACUUGGAAUUCAUAUAUGUAUCGAACAGGACAAAUUAUAUAUAUCAGACCAUCAGGGAGCCUGGCCCUGUGUUUGGCACUGGUCUUCUCUCUCCCCUCGUAACUCCCUUCAUUCCCUCUCCUUUUCUUUUCGCUUUCGCCAAGAAGAGUCUUCCCUCUUUGUCCUGCUUGACCAAACCCUAACCCCCGGGGACCCGGGGAUCGUCGCCGAGGGAUCGAGAACCGGCCAUGGCGGAGGGCCUCGAGAACAAAUUGGCCUAUUUCCAGGCCAUCACUGGCCUCGACGACCCCGAUCUCUGCACCGAGAUUCUCUCCGCCCACAACUGGGAUCUCGAGCUCGCCAUCUCCGAUUUCACCUCCUCCUCUAUCAAUCCCUACCCCAAUUCCUCCUCCUCCGCCCCCGCCGCCGUCGGCGGCUUCGGCGACGGCGUCGGCGGCGGUGGUCCCAAUCUGGCCGAGUCCUCCCUCGCCCGCCAUGAUUCCGGCGAACCCGACCCGCCCGGCCUCGCCUGGAAGCUCAUCACCCUCCCCUUGUACGUCGUCUCCGGCGGCAUCGGCCUUAUCACUGGAGCCGUCGGCCUCGGCGUCUGGAUCGCCGGCGGCAUCGUCUCCCGCUCCCUCAACCUCCUUGGCCUCGCCGCCCCCCGUGGGCCCGAGGCCGACCGGUUGGUCCCCCUCUCAGCGUCCGCGGCCGAGGCCGCGGAGUUCGUCGCGGCGUUUGAGAGGGACUUUGGAGCGGCCGGCGCUGGGGUUCGGUUCGUGGUGGAGGGUUUCAUGGACGCCCUCCAGCGAUCGCAACGGGAGUAUAAGCUUUUGUUCGUGUACCUGCACUCGCCGGACCACCCGGACGUGCCGGCCUUCUGCUCGGGAUGCCUGUGCUCGGCUCCGGUCGCGGCGUUUGUGAACGAGAACUUUGUGGCUUGGGGCGGGAGCAUAAGGAGGACGGAAGGGUUCAAGAUGAGCAACAGCCUCAAGGCAUUUCGUUUCCCUUUCUGUGCUGUUGUCGUGCCCUCUACCAACCAGCGCAUUGUGCUCCUUCAACAGAUUGAGGGACCCAUGUCUUCUGAAGAAAUGCUUGCAAUCCUUCAGCGAGUCGUAGAAGAGUGUACACAAUCUCUGGUUGCAGCAAGGCUUGAGGCAGAAGAAAGGAGAAACAACCAGCGUCUGAGAGAGGAGCAAGAUGCUGCAUAUAGAGCAGCACUUGAAGCUGAUCAAGCUAGAGAGCGUCAGAGAAAAGAAGAACAAGAGAGGUUGGAAAGAGAAGCUGCAGAAGCUGAGAGGAAGCGUAAGGAGGAAGAAGAGACUCGGGAAAGAGCAGCUUGUGAAGCUGCUGAAAAAGAAGCUGCUUUAGCUAGAAGGCGGCAAGAGAAAGCAAUGUCACUGGGUGUUGAGCCUGAAAAAGGGCUGGAUGUUACGCAAAAAUGGGAGAACCUGCCAGUGGAAUUGCCCAGGAAUCAGUGCCUAGGGCAGACUCUCACAAGGUCCUUGUCCGAUUUCCUUCUGGAGAGCGCAAGGAAAGAAAGUUCCACAGUUCAGCUACGGUCAGCUCCCUCUAUGACUAUGUUGAUUCGUUGGAUUGCUUAAAAGCUGAGAAAUACACCAUGGUUUCAAACUUCCCCCGCAUCUCAUAUGGUCCAGAAAAGCAUUCCCUGACAUUAAAAGAAGCAGGUUUGCAUCCACAAGCAAGCUUAUUUGUUGAGGUGGACUCAUGAAUCAUGAUCUGAAUUAUCAAGGGAUGAUGUCCUGGUGGUUAAACAUGAAAAUUUGAUCCCCAAUGUAGAUAUUUCUUUUACUAACUUUUAAUACAAGGAAAGUAGAGGAAAGUACGUUACCGUGUGAGCAUUUCCCUUAUAUACUGCCCUCUGUACCUUUAGGUUAUCAUGACAAUACAUUAUAAUACUUUGGUGAAGAUCAGUUCGCUCGGUUCGCUUGGAGUACCUAGGAUCACAUUCUCAGUUUGGUCGGCAGUGAAUUAAUAACAUAAAAUUGACAUUUCGUAGAGGCAGCUUCUCUUGCUCUAUUUUGCUACUGUCAAAUCUUGGUAAUGGUACAUUACACUUUGAGAAAUAUCAUCUUAUAAGAAAAUUUGAUUUCAGAGCGGCUA